CUGGCACGGCGGGAGGAGCGACGGCUGGUGCAUCACCCGGCCAGGGGUCUGCAACCCUCGCGUCAGCUUCUCUUCUAGCCGCGCUAGACGCCGCAACGCUGGCGCGAUAUCGCGAAGAAGAAAGGAUGAUGGCACCGAGCGUCGGCGUACCGGGUGGCAGCAUUCCUCGAAUAGAUGAAGACGGUGCAACAAUGUUGGUGCCACCGAGCGUAAGCCUGCUGGGCUCACCGCCAGAAGCGGACAUUGGGCCAAAUGCAGCGCGUGGUUACCCGGUCCACCACGAUCACAGCUUUGAAAAUACGGUUGAACUCAUUGCGUACAAAUAUGAUCCGGAAGCCGGCGCGGACCCCCCAGACGCCAUCCGCCGAGACAUCAUCGGCGGUGCGGUACAACCUUUUAAUUUCAUUUGAACGUGGUAUCAGUCGGGUCCCACUGUAGUUUUUGGUUCUGUAAUUACUUCACUGUGAUGCAGUGGAUUGUUGUCGAAAUCAGUUAGCUUUCCAUGACGGACUUCGGUAAUUAUUUCGAUAUUGUUCUGACAAGUUGUUGAAUCUAUACCCUCAGUUGAACGCGCACAGCGAGCGCGCGGAGUUGUGGAUGGAGCACGCUGAGCGAGAGGGAAUCGACCUCUUCGCUCGACCAGAAAGUGUGUAUCAGAACAACAAGAAAGAAGGUGAGUUCUCCGUAUUCCUGAAGGGGCAUAGUCGUAUGGGUGCCAUGGCUGCCGUGGACCACGCGAACGCGACCAUGUCCUCUAAGAUGGCACGGAUGCCGGUGAUGCGGCCUGCUGUGAUGCGGCAACUGCAGAAGCGAUAUUGCGAGAAGCAGUUCAGCCGCGCCCGCGUCGAUCUGCACGAACGGCGGCAGGAGAUGCGCGCUCUGAAGGUCAUCAAGGAGGAGCUAACGGCGCAUGGCCGCGCCGAGGUCGAGCGACUUCGUGACGAGCUCGAAGACGCAGAGGUGGAGGGAGAAAGCGAGCUGAAUAACAUGGCAAACGCAGGCGCUUGGACCGUACUUCAGGAACGCGACCGGAGCAGUCGGGCCAGCAGCGCUCGCGCAUCCUCGUCAGCGCGAGGCGCAGGGAGCACCAGCGUAAGUCCCGCCAAGCCUUCAGGAGGCGGCAUUGCUGCAUCUGCUAUGAUGACAGCGAGUGGCGCAACUAGACAUGUAGCCCUUCCUCGAAGAGCAGACGCGAUUCAUAGGGACGCUAUGGGACAAGAAGAUCCUGGCGAUCCUACUGCGAAUGCAGGGUUUUGGGGAGAUGACCGUUUUUUUGGCGAUAAUUUUGAGGCGAAGGCGAUGAAUUGGAAAACGAGAUAUGGAGACGGCGGUGGAAACGGUGAAGAUGGAAUUCUCGACGAUGAGGUGGAGGAGAUCGUAAUCGGGGAUCCAGGUGGAGAAGGUGCCUUAGCACCAGAGCAGCGGCAUCAAUCAAACACGACGCGGCCCUCUCAGCAAGGUUCGUCAAAAGGUGUGAAACCUGGAACGCUUGUUGUAUUCGGUGGAUCGCCGGACAGCGGUCGCAAGAAGAAGAGGUGGGUGCCUCCAGGAGAAGACGGGGGCACUUCGAGCAGUGACGAUGCUGGAACAAUACGUCCGAGAGCGCGGCAUCGUAAACACGACAGAUCAUCUGGUGCGCCAGCGAAAACGUUCGGCCCGGCAGGUGGUGGCGUUACGACUCAAGUAGGAAGUAGUGCGUCGAAGCCUUCUGGCGGGUCAAGCGUAGAGCGACAGCGGCCACAGUCCGCCGUAGUCCCGCGUGGCCCUAGCGAGCUCGGCUUUUCAGCUCGACCAACGUCAGCGUCGCGGCGGCCACGCAGUCUCUCGGCGCGAUCGCGUUCCCCGGCGGGUGGAGGUAGGAAUUUUCCGCAGAACAAGCAGCAACCGCGGCCAGCGCGGCCCGGCCGCCGGCAGCGCGGAGAAAAUAACGGAACAAACCGGGAGGGCGGUGGCGAGAAAGAAGGACACGGUGGAAGGAGUGGGGGCAUCUUAGGAGAUAGCCCGUCUCCAGGUCGCGGCGGUCCCCCGGAGCCCUACGAAGUUGUUAUGCUGCCAGACACUGGCCCGUUUCGCGAUAUCCUCGAAGAAGAGGAGGAAGGGCUCGUCGAGGAAGACGACGCUUCCAUCGGUCAGGCGGAAGGUUAUGAAGAACAAGAGAACGAUCCGCAAAUAACGGAGCUGGAGCAAGCGCAAGAGAAUGAUGCGCGUAAACCGCGGACCGCGGCGUCACCGUCGGUUACUCCAACCAAAAAUCGCAGCGUUGUUUCCGGCACGACGCCGAAAAAUAGUCGAAGUGCGGCAACGGCAUCGGGAGAAAGCGGUUACUCGCCGCAGGUGCGCGGCGAUCGGUACUCGGGCGGACCCACCGUGAUCGCCACCAGCGGGCAAUUGGAGCAGCUGCGGGAGGCACCAGACUUGCAGGCGCUGCGACCUGCGGUAACGCGCGGGCAGGUUGCCGAGCGGGAGGAAGUAGAAGAUCGCCGUUUCGGCUACACCGC